CUCCGCAGGCUCCUCCUCCCGCCGCGGCCCGCGUCCUGGCUUUGCGCGCCCUUCUCCGGACGCGCCCCGCAGGGGAAGCGCCGCGCCCGAGGCUCGGGGGCUUUUGGGCGGCCGCCGCGACAGCAGGGGGAUGACCGCCCGCGACCGGGGAGCGCGGUUCCUUGCCCGGAUCGCAUCCCCGCCUCCCCGACCCGCCCUCACCUCUGCGGAGGCGGCGCUCCGGCUCAGGCAGGCCGGGGACCGAGGCCCGCGGCGCCUCCGGGCCGGGAGGGCGGACGGCCUGGGAGCGGCGCGGAGCGGAGCUGGGGGAGCGUGGCCUCCCUGCCCAGUCCCCUGGACACGCCCGCCCGAACGUGCCCGGGAGGUAACUCUUGGAGUCUGGCAUGCACCUCUUGAGGAGCAGAUCGCAGGCUGUGGUUUUCUGAGUGCCUGCCCUGCCCUCUUUGAGAAAGGCGGUGACAGUGUUUCCUUACACAACGGGUACCAUACUUUCCAUCACAUGACUAACUCAGCGAAGGAUUCGCGCCCACCUGAAGGAGCUGUCUGGUUUGCCCCGUGGCCUACAAGGCAGCAGCUGGAAGAACAACGCCGGAGGGGAUGUGCUGUAUUUUGUAGAGAUGAUAAUACCCAAUCAGGUCUUUUCCCAAGUGUCUUAGAGGGAAGACCUGGAUUUGAACCCAGGCAGGAAGUGCUCCAGGGCCUGUGUUCUCAACCAGUCUAUCACUGCCUCAGGAGAAGCAAAGACAAAGUUAAACUGAGCCACCUGCUAAAGAGCCAUGGAUGCCUUCACCACUGAGGAGCUCACCCUCCUGUACUAGCUGGGGCUGCUGUGCCUCCUUGUUGACCUUCCAGGACCUUCCGAGUUGCUUAUGCCUGUGGAGAGUAUUGCUUGUUCUUCAUUACUUUGUCCUGUAGCUUCAUAAUAAAGUAAUGUGGAUGAGAUAA